GCUUUACUCAACUCGCCCUGUAUACGCCGCAUACACAAAAAUAUAAACAAAAAAGGAGUCAACCACCUAUUUUUGCAAAUCAGUUUUUAAAAUGUCGACUGAAAAUUUGGGCGUUUCGGCUUCUUUGGACAAAUAUGGCGAGGAAGACCUAUUCAGUAUGCUAGUGCGUUAUGGUCUUUUCGUCGGAGCAAUCUUUCAGUUUGUCUGCAUCUCGGCCGCAGUUUUAAUGAGCGGCAAUGAAUCCUUAGAUGCUAACGAGGACGAAGGACGGGGCCUCAUUGAUGAACCUACGCCAAACAGUGCAAAUGCGCGACGCCUGCACAAAAUACGCAAAUUGGAAAAGAAAAAGCGACGCUAGCUAUGUUUAUUUAAGAUCAACAACUAUUCCUACUUUUAAUUGUAUUUACAAAGUAUUUAGCAUAAGUAUCCCUAUAAUAAAACUAAUUUAUUCGGUUCUAUAUA